AUGUCGCUACCUUCCCUUCACCCAGCGCGUACGCACGCCCUCUCUUCCCGCCCAUACAUUGUGGACAUUAUCCCGACCUCUUCGUUCCUGGCUCUCCGCCACCCCGAGCCGGAGAUCACCCUCGCCGACCGGAAGACGCUUCAAGGCGUAGCCACUUUGUCAGGUGCCCACACUGCUCCCGUAACGGCAGUAUGUGCCGACUCGAGCAUAUGGAGCGCGGGAAAGGAUGCAAAGAUUGUGCGGUGGGACGAGCGGACACAGCGGCCAGUGGCCGAGAUCAAGGCGCAUAUCCGUAAACCGCUGCCCGUCACCGCGCUCGCCGUCAGUGAAGCUGACAACCUCGUGGUUGGCGGGACGGAGGUUAUCUCGUCCGAGGCACACAUCCUCUUCUGGGACCCGAGAAACCCGUCGGAACCGGCAUAUAGGCAUUCGUCGACUCACAGUGACGAGAUCACGCACCUCUCGCUCCUAUCCUCGUCAUUCUCAGCACCCAAUGUCCCGGCUAAACUGCUGCUUAGCGGGAGCGUGGACGGAUGUGUCGCACUCUCGAACGCUGCUGAACACGACGAGGACGAGGCGGUCCAGGCCGAGGAGAACUGGAACGCCUCGAUCGCCGGUGCGGGGGCAUACGCGUGGUCCGGCGGCAUGCGGGUGUGGGCACGCAGUGACAUGGACACACUUGCGGGGUGGGAUGUGCGUGUCGGUGCGGACGGCCUCGAGUUAGGGACGCUCGAAGAGGUGCCGAGCUCGCAGUUCAAGGCGCGCUCUCUGGCGGGUCCGUCGGGGCCGCUCAGCACAGAGUACCUCGUCACAGCGGCUCCAAGCCUCGGCGUCGGGCGGACUGGUGCACCGGUCGUUGCGGCAGGUACGAAUGACGGUGCGGUUGUGCUCGAGUACAACGCUGGCGAUGGGUACGGGCCUAGCGCGUUCUUGCUCCCAGGUGGAGGCGCGCACGCCGACGUCGUGCGCUGCAUGUACCAUGCACCGGCGGACCAGGCACUGUACACGGGCUCAGAGGACGGUGUGCUCGCUGGCUGGGGGAUUGGUGACGUCGCCCUGCGGACUGGGGCUGACGGUGAGGGGGAAGAGGCGGAGAUGGAGGUCGACGGUGGCGAGCGGCGGGAUACCCGCGAGGAGCGGCGGAGCAAGAAGGAGAAGAGGCAGAAGAAGCGACCCGCGCCGUACUAG